AAUUUAGCAAACCCCACGUCCUCCACUCGUCUUGGGAGUUGCGUGCCAGCAACAGGUCCAGCCGGAUCCCGGUGGUGGAACCUCCUCGCCGGCCGGAGCGCUGCCGCCAUGGACCCGGAAGCGGUGAGGCGAACCCUCGAGCCUACAGCCACCGUCUCGGAAAUCACCGGCUCCGUCCCUCCCCGGCUCCACUUCUACGACCCCUUCGUCCUCAGCGGCGUCGGUGUCGAGUCAGCGGAGCACGGUCGCCUCCUCUGCUCCUUCGUCGUCACCCCUCGCCUCGCGAGCUCCGCGGGGUACCUCCGCAGCGGCGUCACGGCAACGCUCGCCGACCAGGUGGGGUCGGCCGUGUUCUACUGCAGCGGGCUCGCCAGCAGUGGGGUCUCCGUCGAGAUCAGCGUCUCCUAUGUCGAUGUGGCUGCCGUCGGGUGUAGGGAUUGGAUCACUUUACCUCUGGGAAAAUGCCUGGAAGAAAUAGAAGUUGAGGGAAAGUUGCUGCGCGCUGGAAAAUCAGUUGGCGUUGUAUCUGUCGAUUUCAGGAAGAAAAAGACAGGAAAAUUGAUGGCACAAGGCCGUCAUACUAAGUACCUUGCUGCAUCAAGCAGAUUGUGAGGCUGCUCUUCUAUUCCAAGAUAUCAACAUAAUUAUGUCCAACUCUCCAUUACCAUGCCAGUAUGGCAAGAAUCAUACAACGCUUGAGGUCUAUACUUUUUUUAAAAAGGUUGUAUCUAUAUGAAAUUACAGUAUCAAUGGUGGUUCUGUGAUGCAUAUUGCUGUAUCAUUUUGUUUUCACUUUGUAGCCAUGAUCAGACAAUAUAUUUCAAAGAAGGGGACGAUUAGAAACUUCACAGGAAACACAGUACAUCCUCCAAAAUACAUAUGCAAUUCCCAUGUUACCCUUAAUAUACGUGGCAACUAGAAUGUAAAACUGGUUACACACCAUUGUAUUGGUGUUUUAUCUUCAAUUGCGCAUCAUUCUUCUA